AUGACUCAAUCCAAAGCCGAGAUCAUCGAGGAACGCAAGGCCAACCUCCCGCUCCCCGAGCAACCACCCGUCGCAUCAGACUGGAACUCCGCCGACGAGACCACCGUGAACGUCGGCUCCGGCAGACUCGAAUCCGAAAUCACGUAUGGCAAGGGCUCUGAGACCUUGAGAGAGCCUGCAACCGCCGAGAGCGCCGUAAGGACCUCGGGUGAGGAAUGGAAGACUGAGACGGCGGGCGACGACGUGGGCAGGCAGGGCAGGGACAACUUAGGUGGGAUUCCGAAUGAUGCCGUGACGAAGGAGGCAAGGAACAAGCAGGGGACUGUUGAGACGAGGCAGAAGGAUUACGGGUAUCCGCAGAAGAAUGAUCCGUCGAGCGGUCUAUGA